CAGAAAGAACAGGAAUGAAGCAGCUGAGACAGAAGCUAAAAUAACUCGAUCAGAGGCGGACGAAGGAACGAUGGAAAGAACAACUGAGAGACAGACACAAAGACAACAAAAGACAAACUGAAACAAAGAAUACGUUCAGGACGAGUGUGACGGGGACCAGAACUCAGCUGACCCAGGACAGGACCAGGAUCAGAGGAGGACUGAACCACAAUGGACUACGAACCCAAGAAAUCCAAGAAGGGUUUCGUCUCUCCCAUCAAGCGGCUCGUCUGGUCAAAAUCUGGUCGCAGGCAGGUGGAUCGAGGCAGCGUCUACCGCCGCCCGCUGCACACCGUCCCUCUCUACCCCCCGGACUACCUCAUCCACCCGGAGAGGCUCAUCUUCGACUACGUAGAGAAGGAGGUCAAGUUCCUUGGUCACCUGACCUGGGUGUCGGUUUCACUUAACCCCUCCAGCAGAGAUGAGCUCCUACAGCUACUGGACACAGCCAGGCAGCUGAAGGUGCUGCCGCUGAAGACCAGCGUGGACCAGGACUGCAUCCUGAGUCUGUCUGCUCGCUGUCUGCUGCUCACCUGGAGGGACAACGAGAAGCUGCUGGUGAGGAUUCCCACGCAUGAGAUCGCUGCUGCCUCCUACCUGAGGGACGACGCACUGCACCUGCUGGUCCUCAAGACAGGUCUGAACGUGGAUACAGUGGUUGCCGGGGACGACAGCCUGGACAGGAAAAAGCCAACAGGUAUAGAUGGCCGCCGUCAAACCAUGAGCUGCAAUGCCGACCCUCGGCCUGCAGGGGGCACAAUGGAGCGACGGCACACCAUCUGUGGAGUGGACUGGAGGCCCUCACUGUCGAGGAGUAACCACGACAAAAACCAGAAUGUGGAGAGAGGAGGCGGAGGGGGUGGUGGAGGAGGGGGGGAGCGAGGAGGAGGAGGGAGCUUAGAGAGGAAGAGAGUGGGAGGGAGCUGGGAGAGGAGGCAGCAAACCCGCAAAACAGGAGGGAGCUGGGAGAACCGCAGAGCAAGACCCAUGAGCGGGAGCUGGGGGGUGGGAGCAGGAGGAGGCGGCGGAGGGAGCUGGGAGAGGAGGCAUGGGGGAGGUGGCGGUGGAGGAGGCGGAAGCUGGGAGAGGAGGGGAGGAGGCAGCGCGGGAGGAGGCGGCGGCGGCGGGGGGAGCUGGGAGCGGCGGCAGGCCUGCACAGGAAGCUGGGAGCGGGGGAAGAGCUACGGCAGCUGGGAGAGGAGGAACCACAACCCGCUGGAGCCGACACCCUGCCCCGAUGCCUACUGCAACCUGGUCAUCCUGGCUGUGGAGAACAGGGAUGCUGCAGAGGAGUACUGUUCUCUGAUCUGUCAGAUGUUCCAGAUCAUUUACGGCCAUCAGACCAUCGAGUGUGUCGACAGAGCGGGCUUUCACCACUCCAUGCCGGACCGCUAUUGGCUGCAGAGGAGUGACAGCUGUCUAACUGACAUGUCCUACAGUUAUGAUCCAGAGUUUAGCUGCUGCAGCUCAUAUGAUGGCUCCCAGGAUGCCUUUGAGCUCUACUACAGUGAGACAUACAGUGAGAGUUCAUCUGUCUCACUGCAGGACUCCCAUCGCAGCCUGGCUUCAGUCAGCGACGGAGGAGACAGUAACCCCGCCCUGCUGCUGAUGCAGGAGUACAUGAUCACUCUGCGUAACAAGCUGAGUCCGGUGGAGUUGCAGCACUUUGCGGUGCUGCUGAGGGAAUAUAGACUGGGGUCAAACAUCGACUACUUCUGCUCCGAGCUGCUGCAGCUAUACGGAGACAACCGCAAGUUCCUGCUGCUGGGCAUGCGGCCGUUCAUCCCAGACAAAGACGUUGGGGUGUUUGAGAGUUUCCUGGAGAGCAUCGGGAUCCGGGAGGGAGGGAUUUUAACCGACAGCUUCGGACGCAUCAAACGCAGCAUGAGCAACAUGUCGGCUACGGCCAUGAGAGGGUAUGACAACGGCUCUCUGGCCUCAGGGUCUCAGGAAUUCAACCGACGCAUCAGCGACAUCACCCACGACAUCCAGGCGCUCGGCUUCCAGGACACACACGGAGACAUCGAGGAGGAGGACUACUACCUGUGAUGGAGGGGAACAGAGAGCGUCAUUCCUCACUGUUUCAACUUUAAAUCAGCUCACGUGCACCUGAGCGACACAGCACCUUCUCUGCUUUGCUGGACCAAUAAACAGCAAAAGUAAACUGUCUGACAGAGGCAGCCUGGAAAGAAGGUUACUCUACAGGAAACCAAAACUGUUUAAUUCAUUCAUGUAAUUUCUUUUUCGUUGUAUCGUACAGUACAUGCACAGAAAAAUAAAAAACUAGGAUUUAA